AUGGCUUCAGAAAACCAUAGCCAAGAAAAUGGUGUCCAAAAUGUUAUGGAAGUUGCUCAAGUCGCAGUGGUAAUGGUGCCUCUUCCGGCACAAGGCCAUCUCAACCAGCUUCUUCACCUCUCCCGCCUCGUCUCUGCCUAUGACAUACCAGUCCACUUCGUCGGCACAGCCACACACAACCGCCAGGCGAAGGUUCGAGUCCAUGGUUGGGACCCUUCAGCUACAACCAAUAUUCAUUUCCUUGAUUUGCCAACACCUCCAUUCGACAGCCCUCUCCCUGACCCCAAUGCCACCACUAAAUUUCCCUCGCAAAUCCUUCCAGCCUUUCAUGCAUCAAUACAUCUGCGUGAGCCUGUUUACUCAUUCGUACACGAACUUUCGAGCACAGCCAGAAGAAUAGCUGUGAUUUAUGACUCUUUAAUGGCUUAUGUUGUUCAGGACAUAUGUUCUAUACCAAAUGCUGAAUCCUAUUGUUUUAAUAGUAUAUCGGCUUUCUCUUUAUACUCGUUUUACUGGGAAGUUAAUGGAAAACCUGCUGUGACAACGGUAGAAAAGGCUGUGAGAAGAUUGAUGGAUUCAGCAAAAGGAGAAGAGAUGCGAAAGAGGGCAGCAGAAUUAGGAGAUGCAGUAAAGCAAUCAGUAAUGGAAGGUGGUGCUACCCACAAGGAAAUGGAUUCCUUUAUUGCUCAUAUUAGUAGACAAAAUAUUUCAUCUCAAAUCUAG